UACGAGGAACGAUAAAAACGUUUCCUUUUUCUUUUCUCUUUACACAAAAAAGAAAUUCGUAAAUUAUUUAUUUAUUUACAUGUGAUGCGACUCUCCACUGUUACAACUUAUAACCACAUUUCAAUUUAGUCUCUUUCAAUUUAUUAAUAUUAAUAAUAAAAUGUGCUCAUUCGUAAUAAAUCCCCCAACCAAUACAACAUACCAGAGAACCAAACACAAUACACCACAAUAUCUUUCAACUCAAAAAUCUUUUUCUUUUCUUUUGUAUCCUCACUCACAUUUUUAUUCUUUUGUAAUGACAGGUUUCUUUAGCUUGUCUCAAGCAAUAGAACGAACUUACAAAUCCGGUUUUAAAAGAUCCGGUCUACGACCCGUAACCAUCGAUUUGAAAGAUGGAACCGUAGUCAACUUUUGGGUAUCCAAAACCCAACCCGAGACCAAACCCAAACCCAAUCUCCUCCUCAUCCACGGCCUCGGAGCUACUGCCAUCUGGCAAUGGUACGACGUAGCUAGACGUCUCUCUCGUCAUUUCAACCUCUACAUCCCCGACCUCGUCUUCUUCGGCGGAUCCUCCACGACCCGACCCGAAAGAUCCGAUAUCUUUCAGGCCCAAACACUCAUGCGGGCCUUAGAAGCCCAAUCCGUGAAAAAAUUCAGUCUCGUCGGUCUUAGCUACGGCGGAUUCGUGGGUUAUCGGAUGGCGGCGAUGUACGCAGACGCCGUGGAGAGAGUUGUGAUAUGCUGCGCCGCCGUGUGCGUGGAAGAGAAAGAUAUGAAAGCUGGCGUUUUCAAGGUGUCGGAUCUUGAUGAAGCUUCAAAGAUUCUUGUGCCGGAAUCUGUGAAAAAGCUUAGGGAACUUAUGGGUUACAUCUUUUACAAGCCGGCGUUGGCGAGACUGGUUCCUACUUGUCUUCUCCAUGAUUUCAUUGAACAUGCUUUGACAAGAGAUAAUAUGGAAGAGAAGAGAGAACUGAUCAAAGCCAUACCAAAAGACAGAAUAAUCUCAGAGAUUCCAAAGCUCACACAGCCAACGUUGAUAAUAUGGGGAGAGCAUGAUCAAGUGUUCCCAUUGGAGAUGGGCAAGAGACUGGAGAAACAUAUAGGCGAUAAUGGGAGACUCGUUAUUAUCAAGAGAACUGGUCAUAUCUUUAACUUCGAGAGACCCAAAACGUUUCUUAAACUUCUCAAAUCUUUUCUUUUGGAGACUAAACCACAGUUUCCUAUCUCUAAUGGAAGUGUUUGAUGAAUAUUACUAGUCUCUAGUUUUGAUUUUCUUCUCAAUUUCUUAUGUAUCCUUGAAACUUUAUGAAGAUAUAUAUAUAUCACUUCGCGUUUCCA